AUGAAUGGCCCCCAUGAGAUAUCUAGCUCACCAGAAUCGCAUGAGUUUGAUCGCGAUACAAAGUCACUCCAAGAACAUCAUGCACAUUUAAACAGUGUCAGCGAAAGCAACAAUGGUGAUCAAGCACCGGCUCAACCUAAGGAAAUUUCCAACCUCAUCAUCCAAUUCCUUUCAACAUCCAGCAACGAAGCUCUCAUUUGUGUCUUUAUAUGCAUGGUGGGCGCGACAUAUGUGGUGCUCGGAAGACUUGGCUUGAUUCUGAUUGGAUUCAUCAGCGGUGUUAUCCUACAUUCAUCAUGGGAGGAAACGAAUCUCACUGACCUACCGAAUCCCAUGAAGCGAAGAGAACUUUCGUUGAAUGUCGCCAAUAGACUACUCGAUUGGCCUGGGCGCAAGUCUGCUCAUGCUGAGCCUAGUCUCGAUAGCAUUCAGCCAGGUCUCACCCAGGACACGUCGGAGGUGCCUGCUGAUUAUUCUUCUUUCCGUCCUAAAACAGCAGCUGCGUUGGAUUCAUUGACCGACGCCAUUAUCAGAGACUACGUGAACCACUGGUAUGAACCGAUUCUACCCUCCGAAACAGCGUUUCCUCGUUCUUGUCGCAGGAUUUUGACCGGUUUUGUCAAGUCAAUGGCCUCACAUCUCGCACGCAAACAAACAACAGACACUUUCCUUGAGUUUCUGACCAAUUCAUCUUCUAUAAUAAUUGUGUUUUUGAACGAACUCUCGAAUGCUUUCCAGAAUGUCGGGUCCUCUACAAAACCAGAGGAAACCGUUCGGCGAUACCUCGAACAAUAUCCAGACAGCAGCUUAGCAAACGUGUUGGCCGAUCCACAACAACGGAAAAAACUCAACAUCAUUGCCGAUGAUAUCCUGUCUAGCUUUAUGGACACGACGGCUUAUGGCUGUGCCCCUCUUAGAACCUUCUGUCGAGAAAUCUUAUGCGGCGUCGUCCUAGAGUCGACCAUUUCCAGUCUUUCACGACCAGAGUGUAUCAAUAGCUGGAUAAUACAUCUUUUUAGUGAAGGAGAGUCUGAGAUAAUGAAUGCAAUCGAUGCUGGUGUUGAAGGGGCCAGGAACCAGGGCGCAACUGCUGCCAAACGCCCCGGAGAUGCGGCGGAUGCACCUCGGCCAACGUCAUCCGGUAGCUUUGAUACGAACUCGAGGUCCCCCGGUCGGACUUUUAAGGAAAAGCACGAGUACGCAGAUAAAGCAACAGAGGAUGCCAUUACCGAAGCCAAACGUUUAAGCGCCUUGAUUGCCGCUCAAGACUUACAGAGCGGGUCCACAGACAGCAACAUCUGGAGAGCCCCUGUUUCUUUGCACGACGAGGAUCCCACUUUGGCUUCUACAACGAGAAAGGGAGAAGGCGAACCUGAACUAGCGAAGGGACAGGAAAACCCCGGAGUUUUCCCCGAUGCGCUCGACGCUUACACGAAGGAUGAAUCUAGACCAGAACCAGAAUCUACGUUGUCAUCGCGGAUGCAAGGGAACCGUUCAUCUCAUCAGAACUUGGAGCCGCAUUUAUCAUGGCCGCCUUUGACUCUUCACCGUGCUUAUAUAUCAGUGGACGACGGUUCCGAGUCCAGCGACGCCUUGGUUCGAUCGAAGCCAACGUUCAAUUACAUGCUUCAGGUGGAACCUACGUCUUCACAGCGAACCGGGUGGAUGGUUUUUAGAACUUAUAAAGACUUUGAAUUGCUCCAUGACACCCUAGGCACCAUCGCAAGACUGAACAAGUUACAAGGAUUCACAGACAACUACUCUUUAUUGCCAAAUUGGAAAGGGUUGACAAACAGAGCCUUAGCAAACUCAUUGGAGCAAUACCUGCAGACUGCGCUUCAACACGAUUCGCUUGCAGAGUGUGAAAGAAUGAGACGGUUCCUCGGAAAGGAAGGCCCUGUCGACCCCGGAAUGAAGACUGCGUCCACAAAGCCUGGCUUUUUCCCUACCCAAGCGGCGUUAGAGAAUGUUGGAAGAGGAGUCCUGGAUGCUUUAACUAAUGCCCCCAGAGGCGUCUCUAGCGGCAGCAAAACCGUUUUCAGUGGGAUGACAGGUGUUUUUGGAACAACCCAAAACAAGAAACCCAGCCCGACUCCAUAUGCCGAUAGCGCACCUCUUAAUGACUCUGCUCAGCCAAGAGACAUAUUCGACAAUACAUCGCGGGAUCAUCAGAAUCAAGGGGCAGAGAAUGCGUCGGCAUCUGGGAAAUCUAGAAGCGGCGCACCGAUUUCCGCUACUCGGUCUUCUUUGAAUGAGGUCUCUCACGACAGUUCACCGACUACGGGGGACAGCCUCGUCGACUUACAAGCGAAACCAACACACGACAACUCAGCUUAUGCUCUGGGCAAUGAUGUUGUCGAAAAUUUGGGAACCAGAGCCCAUGGCCUUGCAGAGGAUGUGCCAUGCUUGGAUGAAACACCCGAGAAACCCGCGCAAAAUGGACUCAAUGCGGACCAAGCAUCUCCUACCAAACACAGCAUUCAGGGUAACCAUACGAAUACAAUAACACACGAAGAGACUCAGGUGGCAGUUGAACUCAUCUUUGCUGUCAUAAAUGAAUUGUAUACCUUGUCCUCCGCUUGGAAUAUACGUCGGACUCUUUUAAAUGCGGCCAAAUCCUACAUUCUACGCCCUGGGAACCCGAAUCUAGAGACAAUACGUGACCUUCUGCAGAACUCGAUGAUUGACGCUAAUACAUCUGAUGAGGCAAUUGGGCUUUACCUCAUGAAACUGCGCGAGAAUGCCCUACCAACCAAAUCAGAAUUGGAUUCCUGGCCAGCGUCGCCUAGCGAAACUGAAAAAGAGCGUCUGAGAGAAAAAGCCCGAAGAGUUUUGGUACAGAGAGGGCUACCACAGGCGCUAACGAGUGUUAUGGGGGCAGCUGCUAGCCGUGAGGCCCUCGAAAAAGUUUUCGACUGUCUUCAAGUUCAAAGUGUCGCUAGGGGCUUUGUUUUCUCUAUCUUACUGCAGGCCCUGAGAGCUAUUAUACUUUAG